UUAGGCAAUGAGGUAAGGUUACAUAUAAGGGAGCUGCAGUGAUUUGGGAACACUAACGGAGUACGUUUACCAGUGCGCAGCUCAGCGAGUUUCGAUCCUGGAAUCAUGAGCGGGUGCCCCUUCGCAGGGAACAGUUACCUAUUUAACUUAAGCAAACUGUCUUUGGAAGAUGAAAAAGAUGACAAAUCACAAGAAGGAAUAAAUAAAGCUAGCAAAGGUGGACUUGUCUAUGGAGAAUACCUACAACUGAACAAAAUAUUGAAUGCUCAAGAACUUCAAAGUGAGAAGAAAGGAAAGCAAAUCCAUGAUGAGCAUCUUUUCAUUGUAACACAUCAAGCUUAUGAACUUUGGUUUAAGCAGAUUCUGUGGGAAAUGGACUCUGUGAGGGUUAUCUUUCAAAAUGGCCAUGUAAGAGAUGAGAGGAACAUGCUGAAGGUUAUUACUAGAAUAAAUAGAAUUUCAAUGAUUCUGAAAUUACUUGUGGAACAGUUCUCAGUUUUGGAAACUAUGACUGCAUUGGACUUCUUCGAUUUCAGAUACUACCUAAGCCCAGCCUCAGGUUUUCAGAGCCUGCAGUUCCGCUUGCUAGAGAACAAAAUUGGUGUUCCCCAAAGUCUGAGAGUCCCCUAUAACAGAAGGCAUUAUCGUGAUAACUUCAAGGGACAGGAUUAUGAACUGCUGCUUCAAUCAGAGCAAGAACCAACACUGCUGCAACUUGUGGAGGCAUGGCUGGAAAGAACUCCAGGACUCGAUGCUGAAGGAUUUGAUUUCUGGGGACAAUUUGAAGUGAAUGUUUUAAAAGGUCUAGAAGAGGAAUUUACAUUGUUGCAGGCCAAACCAGAAUCAGAAGAAAAAGAUGAUGAAUUAUCUGAAUUCCAAAAACAGAAAGAUGUGUUACUUUCGUUAUUUGAUGAAAAACGCCAUGAACACCUGCUUAGUAAAGGAGAAAGACGACUGUCUUAUAAAGCACUGAAGGGCGCCCUAAUGAUCUACUUCUACAGGGAGGAGCCUCGUUUUCAGGUUCCCUUUCAGCUUCUUACUUCCCUUAUGGAUAUAGAUGUGCUCAUGACCAAAUGGAGAUAUAACCAUGUCUGCAUGGUUCACAGAAUGAUUGGCAGCAAGGCUGGAACUGGUGGCUCAUCAGGCUACCAGUAUUUGCGCUCAACAGUGAGUGACAGAUACAAGGUGUUUGUGGAUUUGUUCAAUCUUUCAACGUUUUUAGUGCCAAGACACUGGAUACCAAAGAUGAACCCAAGCAUUCAUAAAUUCCUUUAUACUGCAGAAUACUGUGACAGCUCCUAUUUUAGCAGUGAUGACUCUGACUAGCCUGCCUCCCUGGACUCUUUGCUGUAGAGAACUACAGGACAUUCACCUCCAGUGGUGCUGUCCCUCAAAUGUAACAGCUACCCUCAUAGAGUGUGAGCAUGUAAAUAUGUAUUUAUGUAUGACAGCUAUGUGAAUAGUAUGAUUGGCUUGUGGAAGAAUCUUAAUUUUUGUACAAAAAAUAACCCAUAUUGCGUUAACCUAUAUUAAGACUAAAAUGAUACCCCAAUUCAACUCAAUGACCAACUUACUUCUUCACUGGCUUCUUAAAACCUAUAGCUGGAUGUUUUUAAAACCUACAGCAAAUUAUACAGAAUUACUAUGAUCAUGUCUUAUUUGUACAUAUUUUUGUAUUUGUUUGCCUAAUGGCUGUUAUUAAUUUACUUCUAAUAAAUUAAUGAUUAGUCU